GUAGUUUAAAAAUCAGUUUUUUUUUUUUUUUUUCUUUUUUAUUAUUUUUUUAUUCUUCUUUUUUUUUUCUUGUUUUGCAUACUAAUAUGAGUGGGACAUUAAAGACAUCGUUGCUGAAUUAUCCCUUUGAAUUGGUUGCGCCUAUGGCAGCUAUUGGAUCUGUACUGUUAUUGCCAUUGGGACCUUUAUUGAUACCAAGAACGUAUAUCUGGUUCUUGUUGGUUUAUUUUACCUUAUUUUUGUAUACACAAGUAAGUCAUGUCUUCAAGUUUUAUCUGACCGCCAGCAAGAUAAAGGGAAACAUUCGUGCAUGGAACCAACGUUCAGUAGUGGAAGAAGAAAAGACAUCUAUGAGCAAGCCUCGUGAAAGGGUAAAUGAUCAAGACUUGGAUGAUAUGGAGACAUCACUUCAGUUGUAUGAGGAAAAUCAUUUUAUUCAUGCCUUUAUCGUACCUAAUUAUGCAGAACCAGAGGCUCUUUUAAGAGAUACAAUCAAGCGUUUAGCCAAUCACAAGAAUGCUCAAACGAAUUAUGUCAUUAUUUUAGCCAUGGAAGCAUCUGAAUUAAAUUAUGAAUUGAAAGCGGAUAGUUUAACAGAAUAUUUCAAGGAUAGUUUUCUAUCAUUUAUUGUCACUGCGCAUCCAGCUGAUAUUCCCGGAGAAACGCGUGGUAAAGGAUCGAACGUUGCUUUUGCAGCCCGCCAUGGGUGUGCGCAAAUGAUGCAACAAGGGAUUGAUAGAAGAAGAGUGAUUCUUACCGUUUCGGAUUCGGAUUCAUCUAUUCCUGAGCUCUAUACAAAAGAGGUUGAAAAAUCAUUUACACAAGCCGAAGACCCCUACUUUUUAUUAUUUGCACCACCCAUUUUCUUUUCUCGUAAUUCCUUUGAGGUACCAGCGGCGGUAAGAAUGACGGAUAUCACCUGGUCAGCGAUGGUGAUGUCAAGUUUAAGUAAUGGUCGUGGCUUAUCUUUUCCUUGCUCAACCUACAGUCUUAGCAUGGUUUUAGCAGAGAGAGUGGGAUAUUGGGAUACAGACGCUGAUGCAGUUGGAGAAGAUAUGCACAUGAUGUUGAAAUGUUUUUUCAAGACAGACGGACUUGCACGAUGUUGCCCGAUCUUUGUACCCAUUAAUCUCACCAAUGUUCAAACGAACGGAUACCUUGCCAACAUGCAUGCACGAUUUGUACAGGCCAAAAGACAUUACAAUGGAGUAGCCGAUUUAGCUUACACACUGAGAAACUCAUUUGGGGUCAAGGGCAAUGUCAAUGUAUUUGCAUCCAAGAAAAGUAUGUAUGCAUCUCCCAACUUUUGGUUGGAUAAACUUAUUAUUUGUAUCAAGGUGAUGGAAGCCCAUCUGAUUCCUGUCACUUCGGGUUGGUUGAUGUUUGCAGCGGUACCUUUGAUGCAGUUUAUUUUGUUUCCACCAGCGAGUAUCACCACGGUAUUUGUUCCAGCCGAAGAAAAUCCUAUCCUCACUUCGGAAUUCUAUGCUAAUUUGUGGAACAUAGUGAGGAUCAUCACGGUGUUCUUACCGUUCCCGUUGUUUGGUACUUUAGCAGUGUAUGAGGUACUUCAUCGUACCAUUGAUCGGGAACUUUACCACAAGGCAGAAACUCGUACAUGGCGUAACAUGUUUGAUUAUAUCUCUUUACCAGUGGCUGCUUGGGCUUUUAUGACCAUUCCAUCUACUAUUGCUUGUAUCAAGCGUCUUUACAAGUCUAACAGUGAAUAUAUUGUGGCUGAAAAGUUCUUUGAUGAAGAGUAACAGUGGAUACCCCAUCCAUAGGUCAAACCACAUGUAUUUAGAAUCAUUCAUACACUUACAUCCCCCCCCUCCCCUUCCGCAUUUCUUUAUUUUAUACACUAAUUCUUCUCCCCCCUUUUUUUUUAAUCUUAAUUCUAAUUUCUUUUAAUAAUAAAAAUGUACAGUG